CGGGACGCAGUUCGCGGCCGCCCGGCAGGAGCUCCGAGGCUGGGCGGCUCCUGCUCCGCUUUCCGUCGCCGCCGCGCCAGGCCCGACAGGCCGGGCCGAGGACCGCAGCCCAGCGAGGGACGCUGGCAGCCAUGGCCGAAGCGGCGCCCUCCCAGGCUCUGGAGAGGGACAAGCAAACAGAGGACCAGAGGCCUUCGACGCCUUCUCCAUUGCCCCAGUCUGAUGCUGAGAAGAACUCCUACCUUUACUCCACGGAGAUCACACUGUGGACGGUGGUGGCUGCCAUUCAGGCCUUGGAGAAGAAGGUGGAUUCCUGCCUGGCCCGCUUGCUGACUCUGGAGGGACGGACAGGGACAGCUGAGAAGAAGCUGGCAGACUGUGAGAAGACGGCGGUGGAGUUUGGGAACCAGCUGGAGGGCAAGUGGGCCAUGCUGGGGACCUUGCUGCAGGAGUACGGGCUGCUGCAGCGGCGGCUGGAGAACGUGGAGAACCUGCUGCGCAACAGGAACUUCUGGAUCCUGCGGCUGCCCCCGGGCAGCAAGGGGGAGGUCCCCAAGGUGCCCGUUACCUUUGACGAUGUGGCCGUGUAUUUUUCUGAGCAGGAGUGGGGCAAGCUGGACAGUUGGCAGAAGGAGCUCUACAAGAACGUGAUGAGGGGCAACUAUGAGAUGCUGGUCUCCCUGGAUUAUGUCAUCUCCAAACCGGACAUCCUCACCCGGAUAGAGAGGGGAGAGGAGCCUUGUCCUGGAGUCUGGGGGGACCAGGGGAAGGGGAGCGAGGAGGAGGCAGCACGUCCAGGGAAGCCGGGCGCUGGCCUCUCUCCAUAUCCCGAGCACACCCCCGGCCCAAUCAGCCCUGCCCAGGAGGAGCCCAAAGAAGGGCAGGCCCUGGAGCAGCAGCAGCGAGACUCCCGAGCAAGAGCGCUCCCACCCGGGCCAGGCGCCGGUAGUGGUGGUGGUGUGGCCAUCAAGACAGAAGCACAAUCUGAGGACGAGAUGAUGUCCGAGCAGCUCUUCCUGGGGGCGUCCCCAAGCAAGACCAAGCGAAGGCUUCCCAGAGGGCCCAGGAACAGGACUGGAGGCCCCAGCCAGCACCAUGCCGAAGGUGUGCCAAGGGUGAGAUUGGGGGAGCCGCGGCCAUCAGGGACUGGGGGGGAGCUGCCCCGCGUCCUCCCUCGCCGGCGAGAACGGACCUUCCCCUGCCCUGACUGCGGGCAGAGCUUCCGCUUGAAGAUUAACCUGACAAUCCACCAGCGGACCCACGUGGAGGAGGAGCACGAGGAGCAUGGGGAGGCCCGGGGCAGCUCGCCCACCAGCUGGGGGGAAGGCCACUCCACCCUGGAGCCGGGAGAGGUGGUGGUGCCCGGCCCUGUUAUCCGUUGGCUCCCUGAGGAGCCCGAGGGCUACCACUCCCCGGCUGGCCGUGCCUUUGUGGGGCGGAGGCCAGCGGCGGCCAAGGUUUACCACUGCAGUGAGUGCCUGCGCGUCUUCCAGCAGAGGAAGAGCCUGCUGCUGCACCAGCGCCUGCACACGGGCAACAGUCAGGGCUGGCCCGCCUGUCCCUACUGCGGCAAGGCCUUCCGCCGGCCCUCGGACCUCUUCCGUCACCAGCGCAUCCACACUGGUGAGCGGCCAUACCAGUGCCCCCAGUGUGGCCGGGCCUUCAACCGCAACCACCACCUGGCUGUCCACAUGCUGACUCAUGCCCAGGAGCAGGCGGACCCACACUUCCCUGCUCCCUCUGCCUGCCAGGGGAGUCCAACCCUGCCCUGGCCCAGCCAUUCUGAGGAGGGCUAACCAGGCAGGAGUCUGCUAGGGGCACCCUCUUACUGUCCUAGGGUACCUCUGGCAGGACAUGCUCUCUACCUGUGGGGCCUUUCUCCAUUGUGCCUGAUGCUGGUGCUUCAUUCUGGGAUGGCUUUGGAGAGAGGUUUUUUCUUUUUUUCACUCAAAUGGGAGGUGGCAGCCCUUUUGGAGGGUGUGUGUGUGUGUGUGUGUGUGUGUGUGUGUGUGUGUGUGUGUGUGUGUGUGUGUGUGUGUGUGUGGUGUGUGUGUGUGUGGUGUGUGUGUGUGUGUGGUGUGUGUGUGUGUGUGGUGUGUGUGUGUGUGUGGUGUGUGUGUGUGUGUGGUGUGUGUGUGUGUGUGGUGUGUGUGUGUGUGUGGUGUGUGUGUGUGUGUGUGGUGUGUGUGUGUGUGUGUGGUGUGUGUGUGUGUGUGUGUGUGUGUGUGUGUGUGUGUGUGUGUGUGUGUGUGUGUGUGUGUGUGUGU